UAUAUAUUAUGUAUAUACACACCAAUCCCUUCAUCUUCUCAAACAAAAAACAACACCAACAAACAAUGGCUACCGAGAGAAAAGUAACCAACCAUAUUUCCGGCUGGCUGACCGUCUACGACGACGGUUUCGUUGACCGCACAUGGACCGGACCACCACAAUUCAAGUUCAUGUCCGAUCAUGUCCCACCACACGACCAUUUUAUUGACGGUGUUGCCACCCGUGAUCUAUUGCUCGAUGCAGUAAAACCCGACCUUCGUGUUCGGGUUUAUCUGCCCGAGCAACUAGACACGGGCAAACUGCCCAUAAUCCUCCACUUCCACGGUGGAGGAUUUUGCAUAAGCCAGCCAGACUGGCUCAUGUACUAUAACUUCUACACACGUUUCGCCCGAGAAUCCAAAGCCAUAAUCAUCAGCACAUACCUCCGUCUCGCCCCGGAGCACCGCCUCCCUGCAGCCAUCGAGGACGGGUAUUCAACCCUUCUCUGGCUCAGAGACGUGGCAAAUCAUAAAACGUACGAUUCACAGCUGUCCACUAAGGGAGACUUCAACCGUGUUUUCCUCAUUGGAGACAGCACCGGUGGCAACAUAGUCCACCAACUUGCGAAACAAACCGCCACCAAAAACUUAAACCUCCACCCGUUGAGACUCGCGGGAGCAAUCCUGAUCCACCCGGGGUUUGUCCGGUCGGUUAGAAGCAAGUCGGAGUUGGAAAAACCGCAAUCUCCAAUGCUAACUCUUGACAUGUUGGACAAGUUUUUGAACAUGGGGCUGCCGGAAGGUAGCACGAAAGACCACCCGAUAACGUGUCCGAUGGGGGAGGCGAUGGAGGAGGUUGAUCUGCCGCCGUAUCUGCUGUGUGUGGCGGAGGAGGACCUGAUGGUUGCGACGGAGAUGGAGUUUUAUGAUUGGAUGAAGAAGUAUGAGAAGGAGAUUGAGUUGUUGGUGAGUGAUGGUGUUGGACAUAGCUUUUAUCUUAACAAAAUAGCUGUUGAUGUUGAUCCUAAUGCCUCGGAGCAGACUCAUAAAUUGGUUCAACGGAUCUCCCAGUUUGUUGGAAAGUACUAAAUAAGUUGUUGUAAGUGGUGCAUGUUUUUCUAUUGAUGUAUCAUUGUAGUUGUAGUAGUUAUAGUUAAAAUUAUGUAUCGUUUCAUGAAGUUGAAUCUGAUUAAUGUAUUAGAAUAAAGAAUCAUUUUGUAA